CCGGCCCCGGCAACGACCGGUCGCUCGGUCUCCGUCGUCGUCUUCUUCCGUUCCUUCCGCCCCCUCUGCAACGCACAACUUGGACUCGUACUCCUCUGCUCCACCGUAGACGCGCCUAGCUAGCUCAUGCCAUAUAUAGGCGCCCCCAUCCGCGCUGGGAGAACCACACGAGGCUGAACGCUUGAACCUGAACCUCCAAAGCAGCAACCCCAGCAGCUUUAGCUCCUCCUCAUCGCAGCCGCAGCGCCGUCCCCUACUCUUCCAGCGACCAACUGCUGUCUCUCCGGCGACGGCAGAACCGUCUCUGCAGGUGCAGGGAGGGACCCGGGAGAUGAGUCUGGGGCUGCUCAACACAGAGCGCAACCACCUUCUCUCCCCGAAGCCGCAGAGCCCUCGGGAUGCCGCCGUGUCGUCGCUGCUGAGGUCACCCAGGGCGUCCUGCGGCUCCUGCAGCCAGAGCCCCAAGCCGAAGCCCACCAAGAUGGCGCACGGCGGCCUGGAGCGCUCGCUCAGCUUCAAGAACUGGGAGGCGGACGACAGCCGGGGCGGCAUCAACGGAGCGCGCCCGGGCGCCCUGGCGCUGCAGCAGCAGGAGAGCCCCCGGCGCGUGGUCUCCGUGUCCCCGCAGGCGCAGGCCAUGAUCGAGUACAUCUCCCCUCGCCCCCGCGUGGAGCUGGACCAGGCGGCCACCACGCUGCAGAAGAUGUACAAGGGCCUGCGCACGCGCCGCAGCCUCGCCGACGGCGCCAUCAUCGCCGAGGAGCUGUGGUGGAAGACGGUCGACUCGGUGUACCUCAACAUCAAGUCCAUCUCCUUCUUCGACGAGGACAAGCAGGAGACCGCCGCGUCCCGCUGGUCCAGGGCCGGCAAGAGGAUCGCCAAGGUCGGCAAGGGGCUCUCCAAGGACGACAAGGCGCAGAAGCUCGCGCUCCAGCACUGGCUCGAAGCUAUUGACCCGCGCCACCGCUACGGCCACAACCUGCAUCUCUACUACGACAUCUGGUCCGCCAGCUCCAGCUGCGAGCCCUUCUUCUACUGGCUGGACGUCGGCAACGGCAGGGACUUGCAUCACCACAAGUGUCCACGGAGCAAGCUCAACUCGCAGCUCAUCAUGUACCUCGGACCAAACGAGAGGGCGGCGUACGAAGUCGUCGUGGAGGAAGGGCGGCUCGUGUACAGGCAGAGCGGGGACCCGGUGAGCACGAACGAGGAGUCCAAGUGGAUCUUCGUGCUGAGCACCAGCAGGUCGCUGUACGUGGGGCAGAAGCGCAAGGGCAAGUUCCAGCACUCGAGCUUCCUGUCCGGGGCCGCCACCUCGGCCGCCGGGAGGCUGGUCGCCAAGGAGGGCGUCCUCAGGGCGAUAUGGCCCUACAGCGGCCACUACCUCCCGACCGAGGAGAACUUCAGGGAGUUCAUCGCCUUCCUCGAGGACAACAACGUCGACCUCGCCAACGUCAAGCGAUGCUCGGUGGACGACGACGAGUUCCCGUCGUUCAAGAAGCCGGCGGCGGGUACAGAAGAGAAGCAGCAGGCAGCAGAGGAGGCAGCCCCAGUGGCGACAGAAGAGGAGCCACGACCCGUGCCGGAGCUGCCCGCGGUGGACAUCGUGAAGGAGGGCACGGGCACGGCCGCGGACGCGGAGCCGCCGAAGACGGCGAUGGGCAGGCGGCCGUCGUUCAAGUGGUCGACGCCCACGGGCGCGCGCAUCGGCUGCCUCCAGAACUACCCGGCCGACGUGCAGAGCAUGGCCCUGGAGCAGGUGAACCUGUCGCCGAGGGUGGCGGCGGUGGCGCCGUCGCCGCGCCUGCCCAUCCCGUCGCCGCGCCCCAGCCCCAGGAUCAGGCUGUCGCCCGGCCUGCACUACAUGGGCUGCCCCACCCCGACGGGCGCCAGCAGGCUCGCGACCCCGACCCCGGCGUGCAGGCGCUCCUCGCCCAAGCAGCAGCAGCAGCAGCAGCACUUGAUGGGGUUCCGCGCGCCGGCCGUGGCGCUCACGCUCCCCAAGCACAAGGCCAAGUGAUCUGCUUGCUGCCCAUUGACACCUCGCCGCAGCGGCGUUUUCCGAGGUGUUGCUGCGUUGCGCCGGGUUAACAAUUUUGUUGAUUGGUUUGUUGCGUUCUCUGAUCGGCUACCAUUCUUUCGUACGUUAGUUCGUUCCUGGGUCAUCGUAUUUUGACCUCACUCUGGUAGUCUGGUAGCACUCUGGUGCUUGCGCUCUGCGUGCACCACUGCUGUACAACUCUAAACUACAGCCUGCAAUGCAAGGCCCUACUGUAACCUGAACCUGCAUCCUGCAGUUCCUCAGACAAAAUGACUGCAGGUUCCGUUUUGAAUAAAAGGAUUCGUUCAUGA